AUGACUGAAGUGCGUUAUCCCGGUUUGGCGACGCAGGAGGAUGAGACAUUUGUUGCGGCAGGACUGUGCUUGUGGUUGUUUCAACUGCUCGUACUAGGUCAGGCUCUCCCGCGCAUGCAUACGCUCUGGACAGCGGCAGGAAGCCAUGUGAGGGCCCUCGUCAACGCGUUUGCCAGGCAGUCCAACGUUCUUCUCCAGUCGCACCUGCUCGGAAGAACGUGUACUUUUCGCACUGAGUCUCGAUGUUUUUCCCAUUCUGCGACUAAAAGACCCAUUCGCUUGGUCUCUCCACUCUAUCUGUCUCGCUUUGGGUUGUCUCAUUCGCCAUCUGGUGGAGCCCGGCGAAUAUCAUGGCUACACAAGUUGAAUUUACGGCCGGGUGAACCGUACAACGAACCGUCGGACGGUCAGGAAGAGGCGGCCAAAGUAGCUAUACUGGAGAAGGCCAUGAAAUCGCGUCAACCUGCGGACCUCAUGCUGCGGUGCACAAUACUGGAUGCCGACGGCAACGUGAAGACAAUUUCCGGCCAGUUCAGAAAAGCUGAUUUGUGUUCGGAACAUCGUUUGAACCCCCGUGAUCUACGUAAAAUAGAUUCCAGGAUCCCGAACCUCGUGCCCACUAUCCUUGUGCGGAAGGAAGCUAUACUUGUCAAUAUGCUUCAUAUUCGCGCCCUCAUUAAGGCAGAUGCCGUGGUUCUUUUCGAUACCUAUGGAUCGGCAGACUCUAGGCUGCAUUCCGUCUUUCUGUAUCACCUGGAACAUAAUUUAAGACUCAAAAUGUCUGGACUACCUUACGAGUUUCGGGCACUGGAGUCGGUACUUUUAUCGGUGCUAAGUGCUCUGGAAGCAGAAAUGGUCUUCAUCCGCAAUCUUGUUGGGGGGCUCCUGGCUGAGCUGGAAGACGACAUUGAUCAUGACCGCUUUAAGCGUCUUCUGCAUUACUCUCGACGCCUGGCUGGCUUUCAAAAUCGAGCUAAAUUGGUUCAAGAAGCUCUCGAAGAAGUUCUCGAACAGGACGAGGACCUUGCGGCCAUGUAUCUGACUGGCAAGCAAAAUGAUAUUGAUCGGAACCCUGAUGAUCAUGAGGAACUGGAGGUACUCCUUGAGUCAUUCGCAAAACAGGUGGAGGAGAUUGUAAACGAGGCGGAAAACAUGCAGAGCAAUGUACAAUCAACACAGGAAAUUGUAGAACUGUUACUAGAUUCUAAUCGUAAUGCGCUACUUACUCUCGAUCUCAAGGUGUCAAUACUGACUAUGGGUGUUGGUAUCGGAACUCUGGUUGCCGGACUGUUUGGCAUGAAUUUGAGGAGUCACCUCGAAGACAAUGAAUAUGCCUUUGCAGUCAUGUCGGGCUUCUCCAUCAUCGUUGCGGCAGCAUUCGCUGUCACAGUUCUGCGGCGACUAGCCAAAAUACGGAAAGUUGGACUUUCUGCAAAUAAUCGCAGGCCAGCUAGGAAGACCUGGUUGCCACAUUUGUAG